AUGGAAGAGGAUGACCAGAAUCCGUACUAUCCUAUUACCGACCGCCAGCGAUAUCCUUCUUUUCCACCUGAGGACACAGACGUUCAUGCUUGUUCUGGCCAAAACAUUGAUCUCCAAUUUCAACGCCAUCAGCUUCAAAAUCAAUAUGAUCAACUUCAAAUGCAACAUGAACAGCUUCAGUCUCAAUACAAUCAACUUCAAAUGCAGCACAAUAAUCUUCAAACUACGCACAAUGAGCUUCAAUCAAAGCAUAAUCGACUUCGAUCCCAUGUCUGCAAUGACCCAAUUGCUCUCCAACGUAUAACCCUCGCUUUGAACCUAGUUCACGGUGCCAGUUUGGUUAAACAUGAUGAGCAUGAAGCGCCUGCUGCAAAUCUUGCGCCUGUUGGUGGUCAUCGCUACAUUACAAGAAGAACUAAAAAGACUGAAACUGUUGUCAAGGGAGAACGUAAGAUGGAACCCGAUGUCAAAGAAGAACCUCGAGUUGCAACUGUUAUCAAAGAAGAACGUAAUGUUGUACCCUUUGUCAAGGAAGAACCUAUCGAAGAUGACCGCUCCCAUCUUACGCCUGAUCGUGAAUAUGCCCCUAGUUCAGCUAGUUUAUCCGAUGAAGAAAUGGAGGAUGAAGAUUACGAACCUACUCCCGCACCUGUUGCACCAAUUGUACGUUCAGUUGCAAGUCCAGCUACCAUUGCACGUCCAUUUGCACGUCCAACUACUGUUGCACCCCCAGCGACUGUUGCACCUCACGAGCUAAGAUUUACCAUGAAGGCGGAUCGUGAAGCAAAUAUGUCAAUUUACCAUCGCAAGGAGUUUGCAUAUUGCGAAAUCGCCAUGACAAAAGAAGAGUAUUACCAUGUUAAGGGACAAAAUUAUGUUGCUCCACAAACCCUUGCUACGCCAGACAGGAAUGGUAAUACUGAGGACCGCAGGCGCCUUCGAAUCACCUGGGCUGAGAGAGACCGACUUAACGCCUGGCGCGCCAGACAUGGACGUAAGCCACAUGAAAUCCGCGAAGGUACCAAGUAUGCUGCUGCCAGAGAUUUUUGGAGAUUGAACCCCCCUCUCGCCAUCGAGCCACGCAGGACCGUCGAGUGGAAAAAAGAAGGAGGAGACAUUCCUGCCCCUUGA